AAUGCGUGUCAUGCUUUACGGCAUCAGUCUUCACACAGUAUGUUCCUGUGCUCGUGUAGUGUCUGUCCGGCAGCAGCAUGGUGGAGUCAGUGCUGUGUGCGGGAACCGUGAGCAGGGUGAGCUCUGUACUGCAUCGAGAUGUCAAACAGUUCGGCAAACAGUUCCUCUUUGACCACAAGGAUGAGACCUGCUGGAACUCUGAUCAGGGAUCAUCUCAGUGGAUUGCACUAGAAUUCCCCCAGAAAUUCUGUGUCUCCGAGAUCCACAUUCAGUUCCAAGGUGGAUUUUCAAGUAGAAGCUGUAUACUAGAAGGAUGCCUCAAAGAUGGAGAAUUGGAGAAAAUAGCUGAGUUUUAUCCAGAAGAUAUUAACGCCCUUCAGAGAUUUGUUUUUACAGAGCAGGAUGUUGAAAAGCUGCGUCUCACUUUUCCAACCAGUACAGAUUUCUUUGGAAGGAUUGUGGUUUAUCAUCUCGAUUUGCUCGGCCCCAAGCAGUGAGCAAGCUGCUCACGUGGAAUAUGGAGUGGCUAAAUUGGAGAUUAAUGAAAGGAAAAGAAACAGCUUUGCAGUACGUAAAUAGCAUAUGCUGUUUACCUACAUGGGAUGCAGUGUACAAUUAAUAUGGCAUAAUGCUGAUAUGUUGCAGAAGAAAGUGGAUGGUGACUGGUUAUCGCAUGACCUGUACACACGGCUCUCAUACUCAUACCUCUUGUACAGAAUGGUUAUGUGCUGCACAUAUGGUCAGUCAGUCCCGGCACUGCUGAAUUGCGGCGAUAUGAUAGAUCGUACAGUGCAAAAUCCCCAUACAAUCUAUGAUACGCCAGGGAGCUGGUGGGGGGGUCGUGGGACGGCUCGCAUCUAAUGCGAGUCGUCCUAGUAUAUGGCAAUCAAAAGAUAUCAAGCUUAUCUGUUUAUGUUGUGACCACAGUCCUAUGUAUUCUCCACAUACACAAUUGUUUUUUUUGGAAUGAAGACUAUAAACUGCUGGGUUUCACCAGUAUUCUGAUUUAGAACACAAAAUAAAAACAGCUAUACAAUA